AAAUCCUACACCAACUCAAACUCUUCCUCGCUGUCUUCUCUUCCUUUCUUCAUUAGGCUUUUUUUCUUUAUUACAUUCCCAUUAGUAUAACGACUAAGCUACCAGUCUACCUCCUGCUUCAGGUAAAUAAUAAGAGCAGCAGCCAUGGACUCCGGCGGCCAAAUUCGGAUCCACCAAGCCGGAAGGCUUCCAGAUUUCUUGCAGAGCGUGAAACUCAAGUAUGUCAAACUCGGCUACCACUAUGUUAUCUCUAAUCUAUUGACCUUGUGUUUCGUCCCCUUGAUUAUUGCUACCUCAAUCGAAGCCUCCCAAAUGAAUCCUGACGAUCUCCGUCAGCUUUGGCUCCACCUUCAGUACAAUCUCGUUAGCAUCGUUAUCUGCUCUACUUUUCUCGUUUGCGGUCUAACCGUUUACAUUAUGACCCGCCCCAGGCCAGUUUAUUUGGUCGAUUAUGCUUGUUUUCGUGCCCCUGAUCAUCUCAGGGCCCCGUUUUGCAACUUCAUGUUGCACUGCAGGCUCACUGGAGACUUUGACGAGUCCUCGCUCGAGUUCCAGCGUAAGAUUUUGGAGCGUUCUGGCCUUGGAGAGGAUACUUACGUUCCUGAAGCUAUGCAUCACGUUCCUCCGAAAAUAAGCAUGGCUGCCGCCAGGGAGGAGGCUGAGCUGGUCAUGUUUGGUGCUUUGGAUAAUCUGUUUGCUAGCACAAAUUUGAAUGCUAAGGAUAUUGGCAUUCUUGUUGUGAAUUGUAGUUUGUUUAACCCAACACCAUCGCUUUCUGCUAUGAUUGUGAAUAAGUAUAAAUUGAGGGGUAAUAUAAGGAGUUUCAAUCUAGGAGGAAUGGGUUGUAGUGCUGGAGUUAUCGCAGUGGAUCUCGCUAAAGAUUUGUUGCAAGUUCAUAGGAAUACUUAUGCAGUUGUCGUCAGUACUGAGAAUAUUACCCAGAAUAGGUAUUUUGGAAAUAAUAAGUCUAUGUUGAUACCAAAUUGCUUGUUUCGAGUUGGGGGUUCCGCAGUUUUGCUUUCUAAUAAAUCUGGCGAAAAAAAGCGGGCUAAGUAUAAGCUUGUUCAUGUUGUGAGGACUCAUCGCGGGGCAGUUGAUAAGGCGUUUCGAUGUGUGUUUCAAGAACAGGAUGAUACAGGGAAGACUGGUGUUUCAUUGUCAAAGGAUUUGAUGGCAAUCGCUGGUGAAGCUUUAAAAUCUAACAUUACCACCUUGGGUCCUCUGGUUCUUCCAAUCAGUGAGCAGCUUUUGUUUUUUUCAACUCUGGUUGGUAAGAAGUUGUUCAAAAAAAAAGUGAAGCCCUAUAUUCCAGAUUUCAAGCUGGCAUUUGAUCAUUUUUGUAUACAUGCUGGAGGGAGGGCUGUGAUUGAUGAGCUAGAGAAGAAUUUGCAACUCCUGCCUGAACAUGUGGAGGCAGCUAGGAUGACACUUCACCGCUUUGGGAAUACUUCAUCAAGUUCGAUAUGGUAUGAGUUGGCCUAUAUUGAGGCCAAAAGAAGAAUGCGAAAGGGCAACCGUGUGUGGCAGAUUGCAUUUGGAAGUGGCUUCAAGUGUAACAGUGCAGUGUGGGAGGCACUCCGAAAUGUGAAGCCAUCAUAUAAGAGUGCCUGGGAAGACUGUAUAGAUAAGUAUCCUGUGAAACUUGCUUGACACAAGAAAAUUUGCGUUUUAGACUUUCCCUUCAGGGAAUUGUUCAUUCAUGAGGAGGGAACUACGGUGUUAUGAAAGUGAAGAAUUGGUUUCUCUUGUGUUUCUUCUUUCUUGUAUUUGUAUCCAGAAUAAAAUGGUGAUAGCAAUUAUUCAAUCUGUAGCCCAAAAUUACAAGAAUUGGAUGAUUGUGGUGUAACAAAUUUAUGGAAAUUUCUCCUGAAUCCCUGUU